AUGGAGAAGAAACAGAGAAACCGGAAGAAUGAUCAUGAGGAAAUGCAUGUGAAGAAGAAAACAAAGUUAGAGUGGCCAUGGCAAGAUUGCGCGCAUGCAAUUGGUACGUUGAUCAAGUUUACUGGUGUGGGAAAAAACAAGAAGUACCAUUACAAGACAUUCGAGUUUCAUGGCACAAAAUAUCAACUGGAGGAUUCGGUGAUGUUGACUCCUGAGGACAUAAACCGAAAGCCUUAUAUUGCGAUCAUAAAGGAUAUUUAUAUUCAAGGCAAGGAGGGAUAUGUAAAAAUAGAAGUGCAGUGGUUUUAUCGUCCAGAAGAUGUCGAUAAAAAAUAUCUUACAAAUUGGAAAUCCAAAGAUUCAAGUGACCUCUUCUACAGUUUCCAUCGCGAUGAAGUUUUUGCUGAAUCUGUGAUGUAUAAAUGUACUGUGGAUUUUGUGCCAGAAAAUGAGCAAAUCCCAAACCGUAGCAAGUAUCCUGAGUUCAUUGUGCAAACUGUUUAUGAUAUUGUUAAGAAGAAGUUGCAGAAAUUUGAUAGUAGUAGCUUCAACAAGAUCCAAAAAAAUGAGAUUGAUCUUCUUGUGGCAAAGACGACUUCACGAGUUGGUCAUCUUCGUGACAAUGAGAAGGAUAAAAAGGUUUUGAAGUCGAGGCGUAAACAAUAUUUUCCGAAAAGGUUUAUCAAGAAAGUUGAAAGAACGAGUCCUGAAAACAGUAAUGUGGUUAAUGCAUCUUUAGAUAUUUUAGGCCAGUUUUUGGAGAAGUUUGAUACUUGA